CUUAAUAUUAAAAUUAAUGCAAAGGUUAGCAUCCCUAUUAAUUGGAUUUGGUUUAGGUAUUUUUGGUAUGAGUUUGUUGUAUGAUCCUUGGGCAUAAGUAUACUACAAAAUCAAUAUAGGAACGAUUUGAAAGAACAGUUAGAGAAACAGCAAGAUUAGAAAACUCAAUUCUUAAUAGUGUGGAUGUUUAUUUAUAGAUGAGAAUGUUUUUGGGAUAUGUAUUAGUGGCAUGUUCUUUUGUAACAAUGAAUAGGUAUUAUUAAUUUGAUUUUAAAAGGAUUGGUUUACUUUAUGUGCUCUCAAUUCCAGCUUUAUUAGUUUAUGCUGCAAUUAAUUAUAAUCAUGUUAUAUAUUAGUCAGAGAGACUUGGAGGAGAUUAAACAAUUUAAGGAGCAUUAUUUUAUGUUGCAUUUUGUUUUGCUGCAAUUGAUGCAUUAAUAAAACCUAAGAAAUUACCAUAACCAACAUCAACCUAAAAAAAAACAGAAAAGAAGAAAAACGAAUGAUUUAUUAUUAAACACAUGUAUUUUUAAUGGGAA